CACUCGUGGACGGACGUCCAUGUUCUUCCACCCCGAAUUUGCGAAGUGGGAGCGCGCGCCUCCUGGGCCUCGACGAAAGUGCCUCUUCCGUCCGCGUGAGUUCGCGUCCCUCGGCGGCCCCGAGUCCCCGUCAGUCGCUCCGCUCCCUCCGUGCCGGACGGUCCUCGCCGGAGUCUCUCCGCGUGCCUUGUGCCACUCUGGGAUUACUCGCCGGACCUAACCUCGACCCGGAGGAGAACGCUCAGGGUACACAAUCCAGGCUCGAGGUUAUGCCAAAGGGGACGAAUCGCCAUCCAGGAUGCUGACGGUGAUGUGCCCGAACUGCCGGCACCGGUUCCCGGCGCCAGGUUGCUGUUCUACCUUACCGACCGACCGGCUGGUAGGUGGAGCUCCGGACUGUGGUGGUUACUACGGAGGAGGACUUCUGGUCCCCCGAGGGUACACGAGCGGUGGAGGGUGCAUAAUAAACGCUCCAACCAUCAUCCACGGUCCGGCGAUCAUCCAGAAUUCGCGUGUCCAGGAGUCAAUCAAAAGCAAUCAAGACCGAGGAAAUCGGCAAAACGCCUUCCGGUACCAAGAAACGGCCUCCAGGUCGAACCAAACGACCCAAUCCGAAGGAUCUCGCCAUUCUCAGCAGUCCAAAUCCUCGAUUUCCUCCCCGCUGGCUCCAGAAUGCCACAUAACGACAACCUGCGACCUGACCGGCGGUAGCGUGACGAUAACAACCCCCAGCAUCCAAUCCGGAGGCUGUCUGAUCCAGACCAGCGACUCCGGGAUCCUGGUCCAGGCCCCUAGGAUAGAGAUCAGGCCAAAACUGACGAACGGCGGCUGUUUUGUGCAGAAGAGACUGUCCACCUCGGACCCAGAAGAAGAUAACAACCUCCUGAGCGACGAGGAGGACGUGGAGGCGCUCUCCCCUGAGCACUUAUCCUCCAUAGGCUCCCCAGGGUUGCUGUUCCAAAGCCCGGAGUCAGCGACCUACACGCUGCCGAGUGGUUGUCAAGAGUUGCCGGGGACCAGGAGGAGCCCAUCGCCUAGGAGCUCCAGGAACAGCUGCAGGAGUGAGAGCCUGGACCUUCUGCGGCUCCAGGAGCCCUGCUACACCAACUCCGGAAGCGGCGACUCCAGCAGUAACAGCUGCUCCGGUCGUUUCGGGUCGCGGAAUGGGAACCAGGACCACCUAUCGCUCCAGGAACAUCAUCAGCAGCCAGGAAAACACAAGUCCACGCAGGACCAGGGUGCUGGACAACGGCGGAGCUGUUGUUGCUGCUGUGGGGUCGUCCAGCAGAAGGUGUGCCAGGUGCACAGCGGGCCCGGGCAGGUGUCCUCCUGUCUGGAGGGGAUUGACCCGGGGAAUGGCCAGGCAUCCGUGCAGAUCCGCGUCAAUGCCACCGUCCAGCUGCCGCCAAACGUCGGCCAGUGCACUGUGAACAUCACAGCUACCACGGAGUCAGGAUGCAACGCCAGCAGCGCGCGGAACCGCAACAACUUCCACGGGGGUGGUCUGGUGCAACCAGAAGGGGCUCAGCCCGCUGCAAACGACAACAGGAGGGACGAGACCCCCACGACCCCGGUCUCCUGGUUGAUGCCCUGUCCCUGGGGUUUCGAUAGCUACCUCCUAGACAAGGUGGUCAACAGACUCUGCGAGGCCAAGCGGCUCCUGCAGAUCUCCGGAUGGUACCACGAGGGCCUCAGCUGGCAGCAGAGCGAGAACCUGCUGAAGGAGGCACCCGUUGGAAGGUGGCUCCUGAGGGACAGCUCGGACUCCAGGUACACCUUCGCCGUUUCCGUCCAGACUGCCAGGGGACCCACUUCCGUCAGGGUCCACUACUUCCUGGGGAGGUUCCGACUCGAUGCCGAGUCCAGGUUGGCGCUGGCCAUGCCGCUCUUCGAGUGCCCUAUCAAGAUGCUGGAGUACUAUGUGGAGUACUCCAAGAGGCUGGAGGAACAACGCGAGGUUUGGGUGGAUUAUAGUGGGCAGAUUUAUAGCCAGAUCUAUCUCACCAAACCCCUCGUCAAGGAAGUGUGCUCGCUCUCGCACCUGGCCAGACUGGCUGUUAAUAAGAACAGACUGCCUACUGAUAACCUGCCGCCUCUUAUCAAGAACUACCUGCAGGAGUAUCCGUAUUGUCUCUGAGGAUUGCGGGGAUUGGAGCUGGAGGGGUCCUUGUAUGAUGGUUUUGAUGGAAGAGGGUGAGGACAGGUCGUUGUCGCUAUUUUGGAUGACGCAUCACGUGAUGGGUCCUUGGAUGAUGGUUUUGAUGGAAGAGGAUGAGGAUGGGUCAUUGUCGCUAUUUUGGAUGACGCUUACAUCACGUGAUGGGUCCUUGGAUGAUGGUUUUGAUGGAAGAGGGUAAGGACAGGUCGUUGUCGCUAUUUUGGAUGACGCAUCACGUGAUGGGUCCUUGAGUGA